CAGGGAUGUUCGGCUUCGCUCGGCUCCUAACGGUCGGCGAGUUCAAAUCUUCGUGCGUCCGGCUGCCGAGGCCGAGGUGAAGAAAGACCCGAGAAAUCCAGAGGAAAGCGGACGGACGGUCGCGGCGGGAUGACGGUGCUGCAGGAACCUGUCCAGGCUGCAGUGUGGCAGGCUCUGAACCACUACGCCUACCUGGAUGCUGUCUUCCUCGCUGAGAGGCUCUACGCAGAGGUGCACUCGGAGGAGGCCCUCUACCUGCUGGCUACAUGUUAUUACCGGUCAGGGAAGCCCUACAAGGCGUAUCGGCUGCUGAAGGCUCACAGCUGCUCCACGCCGCACAUUCGAUUCCUGCUCGCCAAGUGCUGUGUCGAGCUCAGCAAGCUUGCAGAGGGAGAGCAGGUUCUGAUUGGAGGAGUGCUAAAUAAGCAGAAGAGUCAAGAUGACAUCAUCACUGAGUUUGGAGACUCCGCCUCCUUCACCCUGUCACUGCUGGGACACAUUUACUGUAAGACAGAUCGUGUUGCUAAAGGUGCCGAGUGUUUCCAGAGGAGUUUAUCUCUGAACCCAUUCCUCUGGUCACCUUUCCAGAACCUCUGUCACCUAGGAGAGAAACCAGACCCAGAUCAGGUCUUCAGGUUGUCUUCUCUUCAGAACUUCUCUGUAGCCCCGCCCCCUCCUCCUGUUAGCCCCGCCCAAAACUCCUCCCACCGCCUGGACACUGCACUGAUGGAGACUCCACAGGACACACUGGAGCUGAAUCGUCUGAAUCUAGAAUCAUCCAACGGAAAGCUGACGUCUGAUUCGUCCGUUUCCUACAUUGACUCCUCCCUCAUCUCCCCGGAUACCGGCUCCCUGCUGUCCAACACCGUCUCCAUUGGAUCAGCUGGCUCCCUGCUGGCCAAACAGAACAAACCUAAGAGUGGGCGGAGCUUACUGGGGGGUCCAGCUGCACUCAGCCCGCUAACACCCAGUUUUGGUAUCCUGCCCCUGGAGCCCAGCCCUGGAGACCCCUCAUAUCUACAGAACUACUCUGCUACCAUGGAAACACAGCCGACUGCACCCAGCAAGAAGACUGUCUCCAGGAUCAGUCAGUCGAAGUCUGUCUUCAGUCAGAGUGGAAACAGCAGAGAGGUUCUACCAAUCCCUUUCAACCAAUCACAGAGCUCUGCCCCUCACACCAGUGGCUCCCCUCAGGUCCUCAGUCCCAGUCUGUCUGCACCUCCCAAUGUUCAGCCCAGAAGAAGUUCCAGACUGUUCACUAGUGCCAGCUCUACUGCAAAGGAGAACAGUAAGAAGUUGAAGAUGAAGUUUCCUACGAAGAUUCCCAACAGGAAAACUAAAUGUAAAUCUGCCAAGACGUCCAACAGCAGCAACCUGAACGAGAGCCUGGACAUCCUGCGCCUGGAUCCCAGCAUCCCCAGCAUCCCGGACGCCAAGCUGCCCCAGUACCAGAGGGCGGCCGCAGACAGUGUGAUGGCGUUGCUACGGGAACUGGGCCGUGGUUACCAGGCGCUGUGCUCCUAUAACUGCAGAGAAGCCGUCAGCAUACUGAGCUCUCUGCCGCCCCAACACUACAACACAGGCUGGGUGCUCACACACAUCGGCAGGGCUUACUUCGAGCUGGCAGAGUACACACAGGCAGAGCGAAUGUUCAGUGAAGUUCGUCGUAUCGAGUCCUACAGAGUUGAAGGGAUGGAGAUUUACUCCACCACGCUGUGGCACCUGCAGAAAGACGUGGCGCUGUCUGCUCUGGCCAAAGACCUGACCGACAUGGACAAGAACUGUCCUGAGGCCUGGUGUGUAGCAGGAAACUGUUUCAGCCUGCAGAGGGAGCACGACAUCGCCAUCAAGUUCUUCCAAAGAGCCAUCCAGGUGGAUCCAGGUUUUGCCUACGCCUACACUCUGUUGGGUCACGAGUUUGUUCUGACAGAGGAACUGGACCGAGCGCUCGCCUGCUUCCGCAACGCCAUCCGAGUGAACACCAGACACUACAACGCAUGGUAUGGUCUGGGGAUGAUCUACUACAAGCAGGAGAAGUUCAACCUGGCAGAAAUCCACUUCAAGAAAGCCCUGAGCAUCAACCCUCAGAGCUCCGUCCUGCUGUGCCACAUCGGAGUGGUGCAGCAUGCGCUGAAGAAGUCUGAUGCGGCUCUGGAGACUUUGAACAGGGCGAUUGGGAUCGACCCAAAAAACCCACUUUGCAAGUUCCAUCGCGCCUCCAUCCUGUUUGCUAACGACAAGUACAAGGCUGCUCUGCAGGAGCUGGAGGAGUUGAAGCAGAUCGUCCCCAAAGAGUCUCUGGUUUACUUCCUGAUAGGAAAGGUCUAUAAGAAGCUGGGUCAGACUCACCUGGCGCUGAUGAACUUCAGCUGGGCGAUGGACCUCGACCCCAAAGGAGCCAACAACCAGAUCAAAGAAGCCAUAGACAAGAGAUACCUGCCGGAGGAUGAAGCAGCAGAGGUGGAGGACAGUCAGGAGAGCAGUAUGACAGACGCAGAUGACACCCAAUUACAGACGGCCGAGAGUGACGACGUCCUCUAGCCCCGCCCCCCCCCCCAGCCCCGCCCCAGACUCCUCUAAUCCUCCCACCCCCAGCGCUAACCAACCACAGCCUUCUCUCUAAGCCCCUCCCCCUGGUAUGACUUCCUGUCGCCGGGCGACGUUCUGACAGGAAGUAGCUGAGGUGUGACGUCUUCUUCAGUUUAGCUCCGCCCCCGGCCUCCCACCCUGUUCCAUGAUUGGCUGACAAAGAAGAGAAAUGACAGACUGCUGCUCGCCCCGUAGCCCCGCCCCUCCUCCUUCCUGUUCCUGUGUCAUCGAGUUCUGACAGCAAUGUUUUUUAUGUUCUUUUUAUCAUCGGUAUGGUAAUGAAUCAAUAAAACAUUUAAACCCCGCCCA